AUGCCAUUGAAGACCACUUUUGACCAAGCCGACUGCCCCAAACCUCAGACAAGGGGAUAUGUUGUCCUAACCUACGAUUUACACUUCGUACUUCUAAUGAAUACUUUUCCAGAGGGUGUUGAUGUCACUUUAGAAUGUCCGAAUGGAUUUGUCAAAGACAGUGGCUCUGGGGUUAUAACCUGCGUUGAUGAUAAUUGGACUAAACCAGAUCUCACCUGCAAGAAGAAGGACUGUGGUCUCCCUACUUUUCUACCAAAUAUGAGCUUUAAUACCAGCGCCGGUACCCUGCUUGGUGCUGUAAUAAAAGUCAUUUGUGACAAAGGCUUCCAAGUCAGUGGAUCUAGCUUCAAACAGUGCUAUGCUUUAGGUUGGGUUGGAAAGGCCAAGUGCGAAAUUGUAACAUGUGAAAUACCUGUUAAAUUGACCAAUGGCAAAAGCUCAUGGGAUUCUCGAGAUGAACCAAUGUAUGGAGAAAUCAUACAGUACAUGUGUGAAGAUGGAUACACCCUGAUUGGGAAAAAUAGCGCUAAGUGCAGCGAAACUGGUGAAUACGAUUCUCCACCGCCGGCUUGUGAAGGAGUGACGGCCAAAGCUAUAUCUACAACAGAAAUGGUAACACCAACACCUAAACCUCCAGCACAAGAUUCCUCUGCCACACCCACAGCUCUUAGAGAUAAAACUGUCAGAACCAGCACAACAGCAGCUGUCUCACCUUCAGUAGGAGGUGGCAGAGACAAUUUGACAGCUGAAGGUAGAGCUACAACCAGUGUACCAUCAAUGACGUCGUCUUCAUUUCAAGAUAAGCAUGAUGGGGCUGUAAAUACUAACCAGGACGUCGGACACAUGCCUGUUAUAAUCAGUGUGAUAUGCGUUAUAGCUGUGUGUAUAAUGGCGCUCUUUUUACACAAGUUUCUUCUGAAGAGAAAAGGCUCUGCAAAUGGAACCGCGCCUAUCUACUAAAGAGCAUCUGUUACCCAGGAGGGAUGUGCCAAAAAAACAGUAGUAGUGCCUCUCAGAGGCGAUGGGGAAAAAAGAUAACUAAGAUAUUGCACUUCAAAUGGCAGAUACUCAAAUCUGUAAAAGUAUCAUAAUUUAAAACAAAAUCCACUGAAAAGCACUUUUUUUUAAUGAUUUUUGUAUUGCCGCUUUAUUUUAACAGUUGUAAAUACUUUAUGCCACUAUAAAAUUGCUAUUUUGUAUGUUAUCUAUGUUAUAGACUGGAAUAAAAUCCUUAACAUUGCUUCCAUGUCUAAU